AUGACAAGAGGUUUGAUGGCACUAGGUGGUGGUGGUGGCGGUGGUGGCGGAGAGCAAGUAGGCAUGGUGGCUUCAAGCUCUGGGGCGCUGCUCUUGCUUUGCAUGAUCAUCAUGUCUCUCUCUAUUAUAUCCAUGGUCAUAUUUGCUUGUGGGGAUUCUUCUACUUCACGUCGUGGAGGUGGUGGUGGUGGUGGCGGUGGUGGCGGUGGUUGUGGAGGUGGUGGCGGUGGUUGUGGAGGUGGUGGCGGUGGUUGUGGUGGCGGCGGUGGUAGUGGUGGAGGUUGCUGA